CACCCCGCACCGUGCCGCGCGGCCUUUGUCCCAUCCCGCUCCCGCCCCCGAUGGCCGCGCCCGCGCCGAGGCCGAGGCCGUGGCCACCGCGCGCGGCCUCACGCGCCGCCCUGCUCGCUCUCGUCGCUGUCGCCGCCGCCGUCGCGUGGCUCGGCGCCUCGGCGGCGUCCGCGGCGGGCGGCGCCGGCAGCAGCAGCAGCGACGUGCUGCGGCGGGCGCAGCGCCCGGAGUUCGCGGCGUGGAUGGCCGACGUCAGGCGGGCCAUCCACGAGCGGCCCGAGCUGGCGUUCCAGGAGCACGAGACGAGCGCGCUGGUCCGGAGGGAGCUCCACGCCAUGGGCGUCGCGUACAGGUACCCCGUCGCCGGCACGGGCGUCGUCGCGGCCGUCGGCACCGGGGGACCGCCGUUCGUCGCGCUGCGCGCCGACAUGGACGCGCUCCCGCUCCAGGAGGAGGUGGAGUGGGAGCACAAGAGCAAGGAGGCGAGGAAGAUGCACGCCUGCGGCCACGAUGCGCACACCGCAAUGCUGCUCGGCGCCGCCAAGAUCCUCCAUGAGCGCCGCCACGAGCUGCAGGGCACGGUGGUCCUCCUCUUCCAGCCAGGAGAGGAGGUGGGCAUUGGCGCCAAGAAGAUGGUGGAGGCCGGCGCCGUGGACAACGUCGAGGCCAUCUUCGGGUUCCACGUCACCGUGAUGCUCCCCACCGGCGUGGUGGGCUCCAGGGCCGGCCCGCUGCUGGCCGGGUGCGGGUUCUUCGAGGCGGUGAUCACCGGGGUGGGCGGGCACGCCGCGAUCCCCCACAGCUCCGUCGACCCCGUCGUGGCCGCCUCCAGCGUCGUCCUAAGCCUGCAGAGCCUCGUCUCGCGGGAGGCCGACCCGCUGGACUCGCAGGUGGUGACCGUGACGAGGUUCCGCGGCGGCGGCGCGUUCAACGUGAUCCCGGACUCCGUCACCAUCGGCGGCACGUUCCGGUGCUUCUCCGCCGAGGGGUUCACGCGGCUGAAGCGGCGGAUCGAGGAGGUGGUCGUGGCGCAGGCCGCGGUGCACCGGUGCGCGGCGUCCGUGGACUUCGGCGUGGGGGGCAGCCCGCUGCUCCCCCCGACCGUAAACACCCCGUCGCUGCACGCGCACUUCGAGGCCGUCGCCGCGGAGACGGUGGGCGCGGGCAACGUCCGCGGCGCCAUGGAGCCGUGCAUGGGGAGCGAGGACUUCGCCGCCUUCUCCGAGGCCGUGCCCGCGUCCCACUUCUACUUCGUCGGGAUAGGGAACGAGGAGGUCGGGUCCGUGCACGCCGCGCACUCGCCGCACUUCCUCAUCGACGACGACGCGCUCCCCUACGGCGCCGCGAUGCACGCCAACCUCGCCACGGGGUACCUGCGGCGCCGCGCGGCGUCCAGCGGCCCCGAGGACUCCCACGACGAGCUGUAGCCCUCUAGUCUGUACUGCGCGGCCUGUCGCGACCUCGGAGCGGCCACGGCGCCGGCAGCGUAUAGGCCUCUCGGUCGCGCGCACGGCGCACCCAAGGCAGCUCGAUGAGCUCAACAAGGCCCAAGUCGCAGGCGGCGCCUGCCAUCGUCGAGUACUUGCCACGCAUUGGGGUGCUGGGAUUCAAUUCGGCAUUCAGAUGUAGUCAUGUAGCCUGACUGAUCUGCUGCUCAGUACGUGGGCUGUAAAGCUGCUUGUGGUCAAACUCAGCACAUCCACAGUUUGGAAGAUUGCACGGAAUCGAAUGAAACGAAACAAGUGAAACUGCAGGGGCUAAAUGCCACUGGAGACACCA